AUGGUUCAUUUUCAUCUGCAUCUGUCUUUGGAUGGUAAUUCAGAAUAUGAGAACGCGCCAAGUCCUCUAUUGGAUACCUCUCAGGCAGAGAUAUGUAAAUUAUAUCAUCCAAUGCAGCCAACUGAGGCUUCAAAUAUUCCAGAUGAGAAGAAUAAAUUUGAAGUGCACCAUAAUGCUGGUGUGGUAAAUUUUCCUUUUUCAACUCCCCAGCAUGAGAAACCCAAAAAUUCUUGUUCUCAAUCUCUUACUGAUUACAAAGAUAAAUUAGAAAAGCACAAUGAAAAUGUAAACUCUCCUUCCAAAGUUGCGGAUAUCAGCAAUGCAGUUGAACUCUCUAUUGCAGCAUCUGAAGCACUGGUUAUUUAUGAAUUAAUAACCUUUGGAACAUUUACACAAUUUUUGCCAGCUUCGGCUGUACUUGAAGUUGCUCUUAAGCUGAAACAAGCACGGUUGGAGGGUUUGGAAGAAACCUCUUAUUACUUAACUGAGGAACUUAGUGAGAUUGAUUUUCUAUCGGACUUGGAUGAAUUGACUAUGGCAGAUGCAUAUGAAGAUGUAGGGUUAUCUGCUACUGGUCGUGAUGGUUUGCAUGGUCAUGACUCAAUUGUAUCUCAAGUUAAAGAUACUUUUGCCUCGGAAAUUUAUACAAGUGAAAACAAAUCGAUACAUGAAGAGGUUGGGGUUCCUGAAUUUGAUUAUGGUCAUAUUCAUAGAAAAGAACUGCUAGAAGAUGUUUUGGAUAUUGAUAUACAACUGAAAAAGGAGUUGGCGUUAGAGGCAUUCCAAAGUGACGGGCAAAAGAAGCUUAUUGAUGAUCCACCGCUUGGUUUAAAUGCCACCAGUGUGUCAUGUCACUUGGAUCCCAUGUUGCAUUGUCCGGUCCAGGAAAAUCCACAAAUUUCAGCUUCAAUAGAGAAGGAAGUAGCUGAUUCUGCUCCAGUGGAAUCUAACAAUGCUCAAAGCAUCCCUGCUGUUUUUGUUAGCGAGACUAGCUUUUUCUCAGAAUCUGCUGAUCUUGUCCCAGAUGAAAACUCUGUCGUGCAGAAACAAGAUAAAGGGUCCAACAUUGCUUCUCAAGAAAGCAUACCUUUUGAAGGUUUAUGCAACAAAGCAAAUGAGGGGAUAUUGCCUUCUCAGGAUGUUGCAAGAUCUUCUAGUUUAUCCUUUGACCCUCUUUGUUCUGUUGUUCCAUGUAGUAUUUCUUUGCAAAAUACCUGUUCAGCUCCAGCUUCAAAACCAAAUGUUAAGGUUGACUCUGGAAAGUGUUUCAGCACUGCACAAGAAUAUGGUAUGGACAAUUCACACAUGGCCUCAGCUCUAAAUCUUGAGUUGGUGGAUGAGGAAGUGUUGGCGGUUCCAGUGACCAGUGGUGUUGUCCGCAGGAAGUUUGCCUCACUUAAAACUUAUAGCAUGUAUCCAGUCGCAGAUUUGAUAAAGGAGAUGAGAAACUUUGAUGAGAUUGCCGCAGAUGAGACCAAAUUUCCAGCUAAUAGGCAGAAAGAAAGGAACUCACCAGUUGUUCUAAACCGUGGGACACGCUGCAGGUUCCAAGCUUGUUUUGCCCAUAGUGUUGAUGAAGGAAAUGCAGAAGCAGCUAUAGAACCAGAAGGUGAAGUAGAGCUUCUUCAGAGAAAGAACCUCCAAAAGGCAGAGUCUAAAUGCAAAAAUCUCCAGGAUAUUCGAGUUCCAGCAAGAAAGCGUGUUCAUUUCUCAGAAGCUGAAAUUCAUAUUCCACAACAGAAGAAACUCCACAAGCUACAAUCUGCGUACAGAAAUUGUUCUUCUAACAGAGUUCCUAAGAGAUUAAGAUGUCCCAACCUGCACUUUGAGUCUAGGCCUUGCGAAGUGAAAAGGCGUGGAGGAAAUUACCGUGACAAGGAUGGAAAGAGAAUGAUAUUCCAAAAUAUAGAAUUCUUACUUACAGGAUUUUCUAGUCUAAAGGAAAAGGAAAUUGAGCGUCUAAUUAAAAAAUAUGGUGGCAUUCUUCUUACCGAUAUCCCUUCUCCAAAUUCAAGGGCAAAGAGAAGCUCAAAAUUUGAUUGCCAGCCGCUUCCUGUUAUUCUAUGUUUAAAGAAGGUACAAACGACCAAGUUCUUGUAUGGCUGUGCCGUGAAUGCCUGCAUCCUCAAAGUCAAUUGGCUUACUGAUUCAAUUGCAGUGGGUUAUCUCUUAGCACCUGAAAAGUAUGUCCUAGAAUAUGCUUAG